UCAUUGAUCGAUUGAGGAUGUGGAUGUGGCGCAGCUUCCUGUGUGUGUCUCUGGUCUGUGGUCUGGCUCUGGACUCCAACACCAUCAGAUCCUCCAAGGAGUCAACGCAGCAGAGCUCCGAGCUGCUGGAUGGUUCCAAUGGUGACCAGGUGGACCGUCCAGUCCGGCGUCGAACAGACACAACGUCCAACUCCAAUCGAGGAUCACCAGCUUCAUGUUCAACACCUGACUGUGAUGUACCUCAGAUUGGGCAGUGCAGUAACAGAGCUCAGAGGAGAGCAUCCUCCCAGGACAGACAGGUGAACAGACACACAGACACGGAGACGGACAUACAGAGCAACGGUGACGGCUUUAACAGGACAAAAGCUCCAGAGAUGUCGAGCUGUGUGCGGUCGGGGGACUGUGCGGACGGUCUGUGCUGCGUCAGGUAUCUGACCGGUAAACGUUGUCAGAGGAUCCCCGUGGAGGGCGAGGCCUGUCUGCUACGAGGGUCCACCAAACGGAGAAGCAAGCUGGGGCGCUGCGAUUGCGAUGUGGGGCUGUCCUGCACCGCCGUUAACCGGGCAGAGUCAGGGAAAGCCAAGGGUCAGGGGGUGUGUCUCCCCAGCCAGAGCCGGAGGAACAAUUCUGGGAAGAAGAGGAGGACGGCAGAGACGAGCUGCUGA